AUGUACAAUAAUCAAAUAAUUUUAGAAAUAGGCAAUACAAAGAACAACUUUGAAAAUAAUAUCCCAGUUAUAUUUGAAUUUUCAAAAUCAACUAAAAAAAAACAUAUUUAUUAUUUAAAAUACGAACCAAGUUUAAAUAAAUGGACAACUAAAUUUAGAGUUCCAGGUAAUUUAAUGGAAGGCCCCGUAGCAUAUAGAAUUUACCCAUCUUGGAUUAACCAUAUUGAAAUUCCAAGUAGCUCUUUGCCAGGAGAAUGCCAGUUAAAUGUAACUUCCAACUAUUUUGAUUAUAUGGGUCCAGUCGUUUCAAAUAUUGAAAAGAUUCCAGAUUCAUUAUCUCAAGGUAGUAAGAUUUUCGGUUGGUAUUUAACUAUUGUUGAUGAAACAAAUGGAUUUAAAAAAGGAAAUUGUACAGUUACUGGUAGUUUAGACAAUUCAGUUUAUAACUAUGACUUAUCAUUGGAUACUAGUUUACUAGAUACCCCAUUCAUUACAAAGUUUAAAAUAUUAGUAAGCAUACCCUUUUCCUGUACAACAAUGAACUAUAGUAUCACAAGUCUUUAUUUGGAAGAUUCUCAAGGGCAAUAUACAUCAUUUAAUAAUUUUAAUUAUAUUGUAAAUUAUCCACAAUUAAAUCCAUUUAUAAAUUUUAUGGGAAAAACCAAUUAUUUAUCAUAUGAAAUAUCAUGCAUACAACCGUUAGAUUAUAGUACAUAUCCAUCUAUAGUUACUUGGUCCCCAAGUGAAAAAUCAAUAGAUGUUUCAAGUGAAAAAUCACUAUAUGUUAAUUUUGAUGUAGAGGAUGUCAAUGGUUUGAAAAUCGAUCAAUUGCCAGUGCUUUAUGUUAUAGGUUAUGAAUUACAAAUUAUUGAAAGUAAAUGCCAACUCAUGUCCCAAGUGCCCCCAACAUAUUCAUAUUUUUGUGAAAUUUUAAUUCCAUUUGGUUUUGGUUUCUUAAAUGGAAACCAGUCAUUAUCUUUAUCUUUAUAUGGUCUAAUAAGUAAUAAUGUAAGUAACAAAAAAUAA